AGAAUAAUAAUAUUAUCCGAAAAAAGUUGAGAAUAAUAAUCUUUUUGAACCCUUCAAAAAAAAGGUUGAAUGUAGUAAUUAUAUAUAUUGAUGUGCUUUUAUCAGGUAAUUCAUCGAUGACAAUGGAAGAUAUGCCAGAGCCUCUCGUCAAUCCUAAUUUUGAUGUGCUCUUAUCAGGUAGUUCACCGGCCACAAUGGAAGAGAUGCGAGAGCCUCCUGUCAAUCCUAAUUUUGAUGAUGAUGAAGAAGAUCAAACAUUAGAUCCUAAUGACUAUUUUAAUGAUGAUGACGAAGAUCAAACAUCCGAUCCUAAUGAUGAUGAAGAAGAAGAUGAAACAUCCGAUCUUGAUAAUGAUGAUGAAGAAGAUGAACGCAAGAUCAAGAAUUUCAUGAAAGAUUUGCCGAGUAGAGUGUCUUUCCGGCGCCCGAAGUCGAAAUACCAUCUGUGGUCAUUUUGGAGUGAGCCGACUCUGUCUCUUUGCAGUGGUGGUAGUAUUACGGAUUCGGCAACUCACACCCCCAACACAAAUCAACCCAUCAUUACAGACAUCAUCAAAUCUGCCCUUCUACACUUCGAUCAAAGUUAUUUUGAUGAUCAAGUUCUAAUACAGUUUUGGGCACCCAUCACAACAGAAACAGGAUGUGUCCAGCUUGUUACUUCAGACCAACCUUUUGCUCUUACUUAUGAUCUUGAUGAACGACUUCUUAAUUAUAGGAAGCAGUCUUUGCAAUACAAAUUUAAUGUGGAUGGGGAAGAAGUAGAAGGCCUUGGAAUCCCUGGCCGUGUUUUCCGCCAAAAAUGGCACGAGUAUCUACCAGAUGUGCGACAUUACUCUACCAAAGAGUACCCACAGCGUGAUUUUGCUCUAGCUUGCCAUAUUUCGAAAUCUUUUUGUUUUCCGUUGUUUCAAACCUCUUUCCAGGAAUGCGUUGGAGUUCUUGAGUUUGCUACAAUUACCGAUUCCCCUUUAUACUGGACGUGUAAAUCGUUUAUCGAGCUUGCGGGUCUGAAAACUUCUUGGUGUGAUGGAUAUGAUUGUAUUAGUAAGGUUUUAGAUACAGAUGAUCAUCCAGAUAUAUGGGAUGAAAUCGAAGAAGGGUUGGAAGUGGUGUGCAAAACUCACGACUUACCUUUGGCUAACACAUGGAUUCCGUGCGGGCAUUUCAAUGGCUUGGCCUUUGAUGGCAAUUUGGAUAAUAGCUAUGAUACGUUUGAUGUAAGCUGUAUGGGACCAGCCUUUCACUUUAAUAACUGGAAUGAUUUUCAAAGGGGGCAUGGAGUUGUUGGGAGUGCAUAUCAGUCACAUAAACCGUGUUUCUGCAAAGAUAUAACUCAAUUCAGCAUUACCGAAUACCCCUCCCUGCCCUUUCCACACGCUUUUGGCUUAACAGGUUGUUUCGCAAUUUGUUUGCAAAGUAUUUUUUCCGACAAUUAUGAUUAUAUCAUAAUAGAGUUUUUUUUGAAUCCUAAAAACACAUAUGGUGAAGACCCAACUACCUUCUUGUGCCCAAUAUUAGAAACAAUGAAACAACAUUUCCCAAACUUUAAGCUUGCUUCUGGAGAAGAACUCGGGAAGGAAUUAUCCAUUGAAGUUAUUAAGCCUCGCAUGAAUCAGGAGCCUACUUCUUUUCAAUGCCAAAGAACUUCAUCUGAAUCAUCUCCAUCAAAUAGGCCUGGUGCCUUACAAAAUGGACAAGAGAUGAUGCAGCCACAUUCAUCAAAUCAACAGCCAAUAGUUGAAGUUGAUGAUCUCAACAAUGACUGGCAUGUUGUUGAUGCGGAGCAAAACAAUGGACAAGAGCAAAAUAACGUUCCCAUUAGGCUUGAAGUCUCACAUAAUGGGCAAGAGACGACGUGGCCAGAUCCACCACAUCAGCAACUAACAUAUGAAGUUGAAGUUGAUGAUAUCAACGAUGGAAGGAAUGUCAAUGCAAAUUCAAUAACUUAUGAGAAGCUCGAAAAACAUUUCGGGAAGAAACUUGAAUAUGUUGCACAGAUUUUUGGUGUGAGCCGAUCUACAUUUAAGCGUAUGUGCCGAGACAAUAAAAUUAAUCGCUGGCCGCGGAGCAAGAGAAAAAAGGUUGAAGGCUCUCCCUCUAGACGAGAACCUCCAUGUUCUGAUUUGCCUACUACGAAACUCGUGGCACAUCACAUGACUCCGCUUGUAAGACCACCACCAGAGGCAAGGACGAUGACUAUAAAGGCAACCUAUGCAGAUGAUCUGAUAAAGUUUCAAUUACCUUUUUCGUCAUCAAUGGUGGACUUAGAAGAGGAAGUUUCCAAGAGGUUGAAGUUCCAUGUUGGAACUUACAAGAUCAAAUAUACAGAUGAUGAUGGUGAUCGGGUCUUAAUAGCCUGCGACAAGGAUUUGCAAGAUUGUAUGAAUGCUUCUAAUUCAUUGGGCACGAAUACAAUCAAAAUGUUCAUUGAGCCAAUUAAUAGAAUAUCUCCUUUAGCCUAACUAGUUAUGUAUGUAAGUUCCUAACUAUGUGUUGAUACAAAGUAAUCAAAUUGUUCUUCAGUAUGUAUUUGUGUAAUUUUUUCUUUUCACCAAGAAAUAUACUCCCUCCGUCCGAUAAAAAAUGUCACUUUUAGGGAACUGUGACUCUCACAAAUUGAACUGACACGGUUCUCUAAACACGACACUCUUUGCGGGACGGAGGGAGUAUAUCAGUAGUUUCUAUGUUCUAACUUUCCACUUUGUUCUCUAGUA